AUGGCUGAUCGCGAUGAAUGCAAGAGAUCUCUCCGAAGAUAUGAACUGGAAGCGUAUUCAUCGGUGGUUACGGCUCUCAGAGCUCAGGGAGACCUCAAUAAAGACAAACGAAAGAUACUUCAGGACUUGUGCUCAAUGUUGAGUAUAAGCCUUGAGAGACAUCGAGCGGAGGUGAGGCGAGCCGUCAACGACGAGAGGCUCAACACAAUCGCACACCACAUGACGGGAGCCAACACUUGCACUGAAUGGGCGAUCGAAGGCCGAAGACUCAUACCAUUGUUGCCACGACUGGUGCCGCAGACGGCGUUCACAGGUUUGGCCAACUCUGUGGCCAACGUUCAACUGACCCGAAACCAGUCGAUGUUAAGCCCGUCGGAGACGGCUAUCAAACAAACGCAACAAAUGGAGACAAACCACGGGUUGGACGACAGCGACGGCACUACACCUAAACGGAGACGCAUUGAUAGCCAAAGUCAGCCCACAUUUGUUCCCAUUAAGUCUGAACCACUUGUACUCCAGAACGCAUCAAACCCUCAACAAAACCAUCGAAACGCUCACACAUUGUCUAAAAUGGGCGCCACUUCCUCGAGGACUGUCGUCAAUGCAAGCAAUUGCUAUACAGUGUCCACAACAAUGGCUUCACAAGUCGGUCAUUCGGGAACUCGUGUUAUCUUUGUGUCCACUCCGACGACCACUCCAUCCAAUGUUAUCACCACUUCCAAC